AGAUCCAGUGUCAGACAAUCAGUGGUACUGAAGGGUUGAAGUGAAAGUGAAUUUUAUAGUUCUUUAAAUAUGGACACAACUUGAACGAUAUAAAGUGAAUUUCCGUAUUAACAAUACUUAAAAUUGUCUGUGACAUAUUAAACAAACGAACUCAAUAGUACCCCCUUACAGGUGUAAAACAAGUGAAUCUGUACAAAUCCAAAUACUCGAGUGAGAAUCAGGAAUUCUAAGACAUGAAUAUCUGCAAAACGUGAAACAUGUUGUUGUUGUUUUUAUUCCUCAUCGGCUGUAGGAUCGUCUAUCCGGCCGAUUUGGUGAUCAGGAUACCGGGAGAUCCGUCCAAGCAAGAUGGUUCCUACAGAUUGGACUAUAGACCGCCGGUUGGGUUUCCUGAAGCUAAUACUGAAUUUAAACCUUCAGAUAUCCAAGAAUCCAUUGACUUCUCAAGAGGGUUGCCGGGUACCAGAUAUGAUUUCACACUGUACUACACAAAUAGUACGAUAUUAAACUUUCCUGCUUGGAAGGCGAGCAUCACAACAGCUCCUGAUCCACCAUCUAACCUAAAUAUAGAGGUGCAAGGUGGAAAGCUAGCUGUGGUGAACUGGGAGCCGCCAGUUAUCGGUCAGCAUAGUGGGUUUAAGCUCAAGCUCAUCCCGCUGAGUGAGCCAGGGAAGACCAUCAGAAAUAUUGUCAUCAGAGAGACAUCGAGUACACUUCGAGAUCUUACACCGGGAGCUACAUACGAGAUUCAGCUGUACACCGUAUACGAAAACAAAGAAUCCCAGGCGUACAUAUCUACAAAUUUCACUACUCAACCGAACACCCCUGGACGAUUUAUCGUCUGGUUUAGAAAUGAGACGACCCUACUCGUCCUCUGGCAACCUCCGUACCCGGCAGGAUUCUAUACUGACUACAAGGUCUCGAUAGACCCCGAGGACGCUACUGUGUCGGAGACCUAUGUACCGAAAGAGGGUGAGCCCCCGGGCCCGGCCCAAGCUGCAUUUAAUGGACUAGUUCCAGGAAGAGCAUACAAUAUCAGUGUUGAAACAGUGUCGGAGGGACAUAUAUCCGAACCUACCACUGCCCAGUACCGAACUGUUCCGCUUCGACCCCACAAUGUAACCUUUGAUGCGGAGAAUAUCGGUCCCUACUCCUUUACCGUCAAGUGGAGCGGUCCUGCUGGUAUAUCGGAGUUUGACAGAUAUCAAGUUGCCAUCGGGAUUAGACGGAAAACUCCUCAAAUUAUAGAGCGUGGUCAACCAUUAGUGGCAAGUUUUACGGAAAAUCUUCGUCCGGGUCGAACUUUUCAGGUCGUUGUUAAAACUGUAUCCGGAAGUGUAGCCAGUUGGCCGGCCACCGGAAACGUCACCACCCGGCCACUUCCGGUUAGAGAGCUGAGUCAAGAGACGAACCAGACCGGACAAAUCAGUCUGGUUUGGGAACCUAAUCCCGAGUCCCAGCAGGACAGCUAUAAGGUUGGUUAUUUAAUUGAGGUUGGAUACAAGGUUAGUUUAAUUCAGGUUGGAUAUAAGGUUAGUUUAAUUCAGGAUGGAUACAAAGUUAGUUUAAUUGAGGUUGGAUACAAGGUUAGUUUAAUUCAGGUUGGAUACAAGGUUAGGUUAAUUCAGGAUGGAUACAAGGUUAGAUUAAUGCAGGAUGGAUAUAUGGUUAGUUUAAUUGAGGUUGGAUACAAGGUUAGUUUAAUUCAGGUUAUAUACAAGGUUAGAUUAAUGCAGGAUGGAUACAUGGUUAGUUUAAUUGAGGUUGGAUACAAGGUUAGUUUAUUUCAGGUUGGAUACAAGGUUAGUUUAAUUCAGGAUGGAUACAGGGUUAGAUUAAUGCAGGAUGGAUACAUGGUUAGUUUAAUUGAGGUUGGAUACAAGGUUAGUUUAAUUCAGGUUGGAUACAAGGAACCAUAUUUCUCGAUGGAUAACCUACAGCCUGGUAGGAACUACAGUAUCGCGGUCCGAGCAAUCAGUAAUGGAAUAGAUUCUACACCUAUGACCGUGUUCCAAGCAACAAGACCCUCCUCCCCUGUGAUCGAGGUUGUAAAACCUAUUCCUGGCGGCCUCAAUAUCUCCUGGAGGACGGACGUGACCUCCAAGCAGGAGAAGUAUGUCCUCACUUACACUAGGAAUGAUACAGACAAGUCCGUGAAUGUCCAGACCACUGAUAAACUAACAUCUCUGACGAAUUUAUAUCCCGGGGCCGGAUAUAAUAUCAAGGUGUAUGCAGUAAGUCACAAUUUACGAUCUGAACCCCUCUUCACAUUUACAGCUGUUCUUCCGAAUCCACCGAGUAAUCUGAGUAUCUUGGCGGUGAAGGAGAAUAUGGUGACCCUAUCCUGGCUUCCUCCUGUAGACUCUCUUUACACUCAAUAUGUUAUCAGAUAUCGAGCAUAUGGGGAUACUAUUGAAGAGCAGGAGUGGACUGAGAUAAACUCUAUCUCUAAUGAGUUGACCCAAUACGUGCUCAAGGAUUUAUCACCUGGAGAGCAAUAUGAGAUACAGGUUGACUCUAUGUCCCACCGAGUAGCGAGUGGUAAACCCCUGGAGGUGACUCAAACCAUAUCCCCUCAACCUGUCACAGAUAUUCAACCCAGUCUAGAUGCUGAGAAUAUCACCCUGCAGUGGCCGAGACCUGAUGGAAGGAUAGACCAGUAUUAUGUAACCUGGUUCCCCUUGGAGGAUCCGGAAGAUGUGCGCGCGCGCGAAAUUCCUGGUGACGCACCAACAGAAGGAAUUUCGAGGAUGGUCUCUGUGCUCAUCGAAAACCUUAGGCCUGGCGUGUUGUACCAGUUCGAGGUGACGACCCAGUCCAACAAUAUUCGGAGUAAGACAAUACAAUCUGCCAUCAGAACCCAACCCCUCUGCACCAGCGAGCUCAUCAUUGUAAACAAACAGGAGACCACUGAGUCACUUGUACUCAGAUAUACCCCCACACCGAUGCAAAGAUCUACUUUUGACACCUACAGGUUUAUGCUGUCCGAUCCCGAUAUACCCUUCAAAGAAAAAUUUGCAAGUGACUUGGACAGAAAGGUAACAUUCUUGAACCUGGUCCCUGGUCGGCUUUACAAUAUCACGCUCUGGACAGUGUCGGGGGGUGUCACCUCAAGACCUCAAGAGAGACAGGAGAGACUUCAUCCUCAGCCUGUAUCCUAUAUUAAUGCAACCAGUAUAUCUUCCCAGGAAAUAAGUUUGGUUUGGGAUCAACCUCAGGGAGACUUUGAUUCCUUCGAGGUUCUUUACCAAGAUGAUCAGAACAGGCUCAUUCAGAACUAUACUAUUACAAACUCUAUCACCAUUGGGAGCUUGAGACCAUUCAGAAACUACACGUUCACUGUUGUUACAAAGUCUGGAGAUGAUCAGAAUAUGCCAAGACGAUCUACAACAUUCAGUGCAAAUUAUACUACCGAGGAGAGUGUGCCCGGUAGUUUAGCAAGUUUUGAACCAUUGGACGUUAAACCCUCGCAGAUCACUUUUCAAUGGAAGUUACCGCUAUUACAGGCUAAUGGUGUUAUAACUGGUUUUACUAUUCAAUGGGGACCUAAACCUGAAGACGGGAAACCUUUUAUUCCUGCAGAAAGUCGCCAUUUUGAUGCCUUUGAAACCCAGGGAACAAUAACAGAUCUGGUUCCUGGUGCCAAAUAUACUUUCCAAAUUCAUGCUAGGACUAAGAUUGGGUAUGGGAAAUGGUUUAUUCGGGAGCAAAAAAUGCCGAUUUUACCACCACCCCCUGCUAAAGACGUGUUUCCAACAGAGCAAUCCAGGUCCAUGCACACUAUAACAAUACGAUUCAGAAAGAACUACUUCAGCGAUGAGCAUGGUAAGAACACUUCAAAAGUAUUGAUUCAACUUUUUCUAAAAAUGUCCAAAAAAUGGCCAACUUUCAUGCCCCGUAGAAUUCUGGAGGAUGUAGAGAAUGUAGAAUAUGGUUGGAAUACAUCAGAUUGUCAGAUGUUGGUUUGGGAAAAGUUGGUUAGCCAUUGGACAGACGAGUUGGCCAACUCAUCCUCAUACUGUACAGGGCAUGGAAAGUGUAACGGACCCCUCAAACCCGGUGCAAUUUAUAGAUUUAAGGUUCGGGCGUACACUGGUCCUGAUAAAUUCUCUGAAACUGCCUGGAGCCAAGGAAUGAUGACAGAACCUGACAACACGGCUAUUCUAGUUGGGAUCACUGUACCAAUCGUGUUGCUAGUAUUAAUUCUGCUCGCUUUUGUUGUUCUCCGUAAACUCCACUGUACAGUUUUCGGAAAAAGGGGCGGCCAUCUUGGAAGAGGACCUCCAGCUGAUCUGGUUAGUUUACCUGAUUCUGUAAUAGAAACUUCUAGACCCGUAAAACUCAAGGAUUUUGCCGAACACUACCGGAUUAUGUCAGCUGACAGUGAUUUCAGGUUUAGCGAAGAGUAUGAAGAGUUUAAACACGUGGGUCGUGACCAGCCCUGCACAGCUGCCGACCUGCCGGUCAAUAGACCUAAAAACAGAUUUACCAAUAUCCUUCCCUACGACCAUUCCCGUGUAAAACUCCAGCCUACAGAUGACGAGGAAGGUUCAGAUUUCAUCAACGCAAACUUUGUACCCGGAUACAACUCUAAACGAGAGUUCAUUGUAACUCAAGGACCUCUGCAUUCAACUCGUGAUGAUUUCUGGCGAAUGUGUUGGGAGACGAAUUCUAGAGCUAUUGUUAUGCUGACAAGGUGUAUUGAAAAGGGAAGGGAAAAGUGUGACCACUACUGGCCGUUUGACACUGAAUCCGUUUACUACGGAGAUAUACAGGUUACUAUCCUGAAUGAAUCCCACUUCCAGGAUUGGAAUAUUAAUGAAUUCAGAAUGAUGAGAGGAGACACAGUUCGAACCAUUCGUCAUUUCCACUUCACAACCUGGCCAGAUUUCGGUGUUCCUGAUCCACCCCAGACCCUAGUCAGGUUUGUUCGCGCUUUCCGUGAACGAGUGAGUCCCGAGCAGAGACCCAUUGUUGUGCAUUGUAGCGCGGGGGUUGGGCGCUCAGGAACAUUUAUAGCACUGGAUAGGAUUCUACAGAGACUACGGAAGAGUGAUGUUGUUGAUAUUUUCGGAAUAGUAUUUGAGAUGAGGAAGGAACGGGUCUGGAUGGUACAAACUGAGCAACAGUACAUAUGCAUACAUCAGUGUCUGUUGGCGGUGUUGGAAGGCAAGGAACUCGAGGAACGGCUUCCUCAUGAACUUCACGACAACGAGGCUUUCGAGGACGAUGAGGGGAUUGCAGAGUCCGGCAUGUAAUUGUAAACCUCUAAAAUCAGCCUCCGACCUUGGUAUUUUUAUAAAUAGAUUGACUGAAACAAAUUUUUGUCGCUCAAAUGCUAUCCUUUAAUAAUUUACGAUUUUUUAUCAAUUACUCAGAUCUAUGAAUUUUACAAAUAGGUGACCUGAAAAAACUUCAUUUUUCAACUUUUGACCUUUAAAUGCUAUUCUUUAAAAAUUACGAAAUUUACGAUUUUUAUCAAUUACUCAAGUGCUAUAAACUCUUGUACUAAUAAAGUACUUGUUACUCAAAAUAUAGAUUUUAAAUUGUCAAAGUCUUAAUCAUGAAACACACCCUGUGAUCGUAGAAAACUUUAAAUCUGCUCAAAAUUAGGGUUUUUUUUAAAUUAGCUUUGAUA